UAUUGUCAUUCUCACGGCAUCCUUCAUCGUGACCUGAAACCCCAAAACUUACUUAUCGAUUCGGCCGAAACCCUCAAGCUGGCAGAUUUCGGUUUAGCGAGGGUUCACCCCGGUCGACCAAGUUCUGGGAGGCCACUCACGCACGAGGUUGUCACAUUGUGGUACCGGGCUCCGGAACUACUUCUGGGAUCACCAUUUUACUCAACAGAAGUUGACAUGUGGAGUGUCGGAUGCAUUUUUGGUGAAUUACUCACAUCAUUUGCAUUAUUUCCAGGCGAGAGCGAAAUAGAUCAACUUUUUAAAAUUUUUUGGGUACUCGGAACGCCUAACGAAAAAUUAUGGCCCAAAGUAGAUGAGUUACCAAACUAUAAAAUAGGUUUUCCUGACUGGAGAAAAUAUCCUUUAAGAGAGUGGUUUCCCAACAAGGACCACGACACCGUGGACUUACUGGAGAAAUUGUUAACCUACGUGCCGGGACAGCGAAUCUCUGCCAAAAAAGCAAUAUGCCAUCAAUACUUUGAUGAU